AUGGGUGUUCCCUUUGAGGCCCUGCUUCCCUAUGGGAUUAUCAUGGGAAUGUUUGGUGUGACUGGCUACGGUCUUCACUAUGUCAAGCGCUUUGCCAACGAUGGCAAGAAGGCGCGCUGGAACCGGGACCUGUGGGAUAGACAAAUGAUGGAGAGAGAUCAGCGCAUCACAGGCUCAUUCCGCGGGCAGUCCAGCAACCACCAAGCGCCCACCGGAUUCGAAGUCAGCAACCCAUGGAAGAUCGAGAGUCGGAUCUACUAG